GCAGUCUUUAUAAGUCAUUCCGACAUGAUAUGUGGGUGAAAAGUCUUCGAAACCCCCAUGUUAAAGCUCACCUUAAACAAUGUGCCAAACUAGAAUACAAGGCCCAGGUAGCACAACAAACACCAAACAAAUGGGCAACAAGAGUAAAUUUAGCAGUAAACGCAAUAGUUACAGCAUUAAGUAUUUGGAGCAUAUGGGAAGCAGUAUGGAGUUGUAUUGAUGUUGCAAACAACCUGCGAGAUGAUGCCCUUAAAAUAGCUGAACAACGGGACGAAAUCGAGGGAAUCAAUCAGAACGAGCUUCUUCCACUUUGGGAAGAAGUUCAAACUGAGUCCUGGGGAGGAGUUAAGGAGAUGCUCGCGGGUGAAAACAUGACAGUAUGGUUGGACGAAAUAAAGAAUCUCACUCUUAAUGCUGCAGAUCCGAACAUCACGACAGCAGACACAAUCGAUCGUUUUAUUGAUAACAUUGAAGCGGCUGGUGUUGAUGAAACAAUGACAAUGCAAAACGACCUCAUUGAAGCCUUGGAUAGCAUCGGUUACAAGUACGAUUGCUUAGGAGAUAAAAUCCACGCUAUAAAUACUGUCAUAACCGAUUGCAAAGCUGGCGACAACACCCUUGAAAACCUUUACAAUGAAGUGGCUGUUGUCAAAAACGAGCUGAACAGAGAUGACUGUGUGGACGAUGAUAUGGUGCCGUACACGUCUCUUGAACAGUUUCGAACGAUAGUUGAUGCAUUUGCAGAGCACGAGGGGGACUGGUCCAGCACUUGUUUAUUGAACAGUCCUAGUCUUAGCUACCAGAUUUGCAAUGAAAAUCUGCAAGGUUUCGACAACAAUGCCAUCGUCGAGAAUGUGAAUAUCACGGAUGUCACACUUGAAGUAGUGGAAACGAUCCUAGCACAAUGUCCCGACCCUGAUAUCACCCCCACUUCCAUUUCGACGACAUGCACUCUGUACUGCUUAUACAGCACUGUCGCAGAAAUCGCACCUCAAGCACUAUUGAAAGAGUACCAGGUAGAAAGUGUGAUCGAGGAUUGUCCAAUUUGUAGCUUUGAAUAUAAAGAUGUGACGGAGAUUUGCAAACAGCACUACUGCGACUCUGUGAAUACCACCGUCAUCAUGGACGAGGUUGAACUACCGCGUCCAACUGUGGAAUACGUUAUCGCAAACAACUGCUCUUCAAAAUGCAUCAUCUAUGACGAAGACGUGAAAGAGGAAAUUUGUGAAGACAGCGAAUGCAAAGGAAUAACUUCGAGUACCAUUGCUGAUGACGUCAGCUAUCCAGAGACGGCAGUCAAUGACGUCAUAUCCAAUUGUGAUACCAUCUUGCCGACCUGUCCCCCGAUUGACAGCACUACAAUAGGCCAAAUUUGCCUCUUAUAUUGUCUCCUAGUUCCUACCCAAACUAUUGCAGAAACUGUCACCGUGAAAGACACCCGGGUUGAAGAGGUGAUAGAGGAUUGUCCCAUAUGCCAUUACUCCGGGAGCGAAGCGGAAGAAAUCUGUCACAAGUAUUAUUGUGAAUCGGUAAACACCACGAGCAUUGUGAGCGAUGUUGAACUGCCGCUUCCAACGGUGGAGUACGUGAUCGCCAACGAAUGCGGGGGAAAAUGCGUCAUUGAUGACGAUGACUUGAAAAAGCAAAUCUGCGAGGAAUACAAGUGCAACGAUAAAUCAGCUGCUACCAUAGCCGCUGACAUCAGCUAUCCAGAGCAAGCCGUGAAUGACGUCAUUCCUAAUUGCGACACCAUUCUUCCGGAUUGUCCUGGGAUCGACGAUGCAACGAAAGCUAGCAUCAUACAGUUAGGUUGUUCUUUUGGUAUUCCAGCAAGUGUGAUUGCAGCAUCGUUUAGUCUUACAGUGGCAGAAGUACAAGCCAUUCUCGACGAGAACUGUUAACUACGAUGAAACGUCACCUGCGUCUUUACUGACUGGUCUGAUUGUACAAAUUAUCUACGCGAACAUAGUUGUGUGUAGUAUUGCCGGCUUAGUCGGUCUGUAGUAGUUUUUUAGUCUUGCUUGCACAUGCCCAUUGCAUGAAUGAAGUAAUUUUGUCAGCGUAAUUGUCUUUUAAUAAAUUUAUGAAAAAAACCCUGUUUGGAAAUCAUUGUAAUAUUUUAUUCAUAUUACGAAUGUCUUCUGUCAAUUCUUCACCGUAGAAAGCAGUAAUGCGGUAAAGAGGUCUUAAAAAUUCCAUGCUCAGUUAAUCCUAAAUACACAAAAAUCUUUGAGAUUAGAUUAGGAUUAUGUCAUAGAUUCGGGUUAUGGUUGACUAUGGUUAACCCAGGGGAUAAUAAAAUCACUGGAUAGGAAACUAUAGUCACGUGGGGUGCUUAGGGACAUUUUGAUUGGUCGA